AUGAGUGCGGGGUUCCUGGGGUUCAUGACCGAGGGCAUCUCCACCGCGCUGGCCUUCCGGCACUUGGAAGGGGGCCCUCGAGUGCGUGCCAUACAACGGCACGGCUGGGUUCAGGUAGCCUCUACAGUCUGCAUUGCUCUAGGAUUCCUCGUGAUCUACACCAACAAGGCUAACAAUGGCAAACAGCAUUUCACCAGCCUGCACGGCAAGGUUGGAAACAUCAACACGUGGCUGGCGGUGGCCACGCCAGUUGGAGGCAUUUUCAGCUUCCGCAAGCUGGGACUGAUCACUUGCCUCCCCGAACCCUGGCAUCCAUUCAUCAAGUGGCUGCACCGCUGUCUAGGAUUGCUGACUUGGAUGCUGGCCCUGGUGACCGUGCAGCUGGUCCUUCCCCACAAGGCCAUUAUGCAGGUAGGCAGGAUCUGGUGA